AUGGCGGUGGCACCACCUGGGCAUGAGCCUGUUGACUAUGUCUACCCUACGGGAUUGAGACUUGCAUUACUGAUGAUCUCCAUCUUCAUUGGCAUGUUCCUGGUGGCCUUGGAUAAGCUCAUCAUUACAACAGCUAUACCCCAGAUCACCAACGACUUCCAUUCGUCGAACGAUAUUGGCUGUGUAAAGAAUACCUUCUUGGCUGCUGUAUUGCUGUUCGAGGUGGGCUCGGCCAUCUGUGGCUCGGCACCAAAUUCGGUCGCUUUUAUCAUUGGGCGCGCCAUUGCUGGGCUGGGAGCUGGAGGUGUCCAGUCUGGGGUUAUCGUGAUUAUCGUCUACGCUGUUCCGUUACAGAAACGACCUCUGUAUCAGGGUCUCUUUGGUGCAGUGUAUGGCAUUGCAUCAGUUAUCGGUCCAAUAGUCGGAGGCGCUUUCACAUCGAAUGUUACAUGGCGCUGGUGCUUCUAUCUGAACCUUCCAUUGGGUGGUGUGGUCCUGAUCUUUGUCUUCUUCCUCCUCCGCAUCCCGGACCGUCCCAACACCGCGGGUACACUAAAGGACAAGCUUCUCCAACUCAAUGUUGAAGGUCUAGUUGCUCUGGUUCCAGGCGUUGUGUGCCUGUGCUUAGCUCUACAGUGGGGUGGGUUCACCUACAGUUGGAGCAAUGGGCGGAUCAUUGCUCUACUUGUACUGGCAUUUGUGCUCCUGGUCGCAUUUGUUUUAAUCCAGAUCUGGAAGCCGGGGCGAGCCACAGUGCCACCGCGCAUCUUCGUCCAGCGAAGCAUCGGAAGUGCUUUCUUCGUUAGCUGUUGUCUCGGCGCGCAUCAGACGCUCUUGCUCUACUAUCUUCCCAUUUGGUUCCAGGCUAUCAAGGGCGACUCUGCUGUCCAAAGUGGAAUUCAUCUUCUACCCCAGGUCAUCGCCCUUGUGAUCGCGUCUAUCGUCACCGGAGUGCUCACAAGCCGCGUCGGCUACUACACCCCGUUUUUGAUAUUUAGCAUUUGCAUCGCGGCCAUUGGGGCUGGGUUACUCACAACUCUGCGAAUCGAAACGACGGUGGGACAGUGGAUUGGGUAUCAAAUACUCUACGGCUGGGGCUUCGGCGGCUGCAUCCAGGCACCUAAUCUAGCUGCUCAGACUGUCCUCCCGCGCGAUGAAGUGUCUAUUGGCGCGGCUCUUAUGCUUUUUGGCCAGACACUCUUCGGUGCCAUAUUUGUCUCGAUUGGCCAAAACGUAUUCGAUGGCCAACUUGCUAAGCGACUCGCCAGCAUUACAAACAUCACGCCUCAGCAAAUUGAAGAUGCGGGAGUUACCGGCUUGCUGAAGAUCAUCCCAGCCAACUAUUACGAUGCAGCUCUAGAGGCGUACAAUGAUUCCCUCCGUGUAUGCUUUCGAGUUGCGCUGAUCGUUGCUUGUCUCUGCAUCUUCGGUGGACUUGGCAUGGAGUGGCGUAAUGUGAAAGCGGAAGCAGACUCUUCGACGAAGCAUCACGAUAACAAACAAGAUGUUGAGGAUAGAUACGGCCAAGGAGCUUUCACUGAUAAAGAGCAGAAGAACAUUCCUCGUGAUUACUGA